AUGUCGAUCGCAUGGUUGAGGAGUCGAGCGUCGCAGAAGGUGGCUGGUGUGAGCUGCGCGCUGCCCCCAAACGGUCCCUCCGCUUUCGUCUCCGGGUCCAUCCAUCGUCAUCGUCCCUUUGGUGGCAAUAGACUAUUUGAUUUCCAAUAUGCAAGCUGGCGAUCUUUGAGUAAUGGCUCCAUUGUUCCAAACCCCGGACAGGACCUCCUUAGACCAUCAACAACAUCCAUCGAGGAGAUUCGUCUCAAAACCGAGUUCGAGGAAAAUAAAGAUAUUCGUGAAUAUCUGCGGAAAUGGCAACAGACGCAUCCAAGUCAACUGGAUCCUGUACGGGGACCUGGAACGUUGAACGAACUGGACGCAACUGCUCCCUGGGUCGGGAAUAUGUUGAAUGAUAAUCGCGAAGCUCACGAUGCCGGAAGUGAUACGCUACGCGCAGCGGAUGAAGAUGUCUCGGAUUUUGCAAACACUGCUGAUGAGGGAGAGGGUAUCCACGACUUUCUGGAGCCCGGGGACCUGGUGGCCCUGUCAUCCUCCGAUGGUGUUUUGAACCUUGCCAUCUACGUCAGAUCGGUAUGCAAGCAACAGCAGUUCUAUACCAAACGAGGCAAAUGGCGCAUUGCAUUCAACAGAGACAUAGACUAUGUUAUCAAAGGCUUUGCGCCAAGGGAAUCUGUCCUUCCCUUGUAUCCGCACUUUCCUGAUAAAAUCGCAGAACUGAGCUCGGAAAUGCAGUCCGCCGUCGAAGGGGGUGUUCCAAGGCCAGUCGGAGCAAGUCUUCUCCAGAUGAUCGGUGAUUUUGACGAACGAGUCAAGGAACUGUACCAAGCGAAUGCGUAUCGCUUGGAUAGAAUCCACGAGAUCGUGGCCGAUGAAUAUGAAAAAUCAGAGUUUACGCUCGAAGAACUGGCCUGCAAUGCUCUGGAGAUCGACAAAGACCAGUUGGACGACGCGAUCUUGUUCACUGUCCACAAAACCGCCUGCCAAAAGCCUUUUCUUAUUGAAAGUGACCGGAGCUCCCCAUUUACUGAUCACUACCUUGUCCAACCCAGACGGGUUGCUGAAGUCCUCGAUAAAGUCACCACGUGGGUGCAUGAGCACCAAGAAUACCUCGUCCGCGCGGUUACUGCAAAUGAUGUCCCCGAUUUCAGAAACCAUCCUUUGCAACAGUUCAUCCAGAAGGCACAGCGCCUCAUACGGCUCAGCAGAAAAGUGCGCUCUCCGACCACCAUGGCAUCGGUUGGUCCGACAGCGCAACGGUUCGAGCCUGGACAAGAAGGGAAACCCAUGGUCUAUCGAGAAGUGUUGACUGAAAAGUUUAGCACAACUGACCGCAUGAUCAUCGAAUAUCUCCAACUGUGGUGCAUACCUCCUAGAAGAAUGACCUCCGGCGCUCUGCGAGCUGCGGGCUCACAUAUCAUGCGGGCUACGGGCAUGUACAGUGCGUUAGAUUUGAGCGCAGGCUCUGCUUCGUUGUUCCUGCAGGAGCUGGGAGUCAUUUCACCUUGGGAGAAUCUGCGAGUUCUCAAUCAAUUUCUUGCUCUUCCAGGACAUGGCGUCUCCAACCGGUCUGAAAAGUCGUGGGCAGAGGUUCAAGAGGCAAGCGACCGGCUCAAUACCGAGGGUCUAAUUGACCGAAUGGCACCUGCCCGAGUCGACUGGGGCAAUCUGCCCGUGUACUGCGUCGACAAUGUCGAUGCACAAGAGAUUGACGAUGGCGUUUCUCUAGAGCGUAUACCCGGAUCUGAUGAUACAUUUUGGAUCCGUGUCCAUAUUGCAAAUCCCUCCGCGUUUGUCGCGCCCGACGAUAUCAUCAUGAAAUAUGCGUCAUCGCGUAUUGAGACUCUUUACAUCCCGGAGCGCACAUAUCCCAUGCUUCCAAACUCCUUGACUCAGGGCAAUUUCAGCUUGGCCUCGGGUCGUCCAACCUUGACAUUCAGUGCCAAAAUGAACCUUCAAGGCGAGGUAUUGGAAACGGACAUUUGCAGUGGAAUUGUUAGAAACGUUAUUUAUACGACGCAUGAUAAAGUGCGCAGCCUGUUUGAAACUUCUUCGGAUAACCAGUUGGACACUUUGACCGUGGGAGGAGAGUUUCCUCAGCAUCAUGGUCGGGACAAUCUGCGCACUAGUCUGUCAUCUGAAGAUGAGGACACGUUCCACACUCUGAGAAAGCUCAUGCUUGCAUUCCGUGAUCACCGGCGCCGGAAGGGCGCUAUGGAAUGGCCCAGCACGAUGGACAUCCCGGUGUCUGUGAGCGCCGGGAACGCGCCCUUAAAACCGUACAACAUGGAGGUUACCGAGGGACGCUAUUAUCUAGGCGAUCCGAUCAUCCAGCUGCGCCCUCGGAAGGUUGAUCCGCACGAAGUUCCAGAUUAUACGAAGCAAAAUCUCAUCUCGACUUUGAUGAACUUGGCUUGCUGGGUUUCAGGGAAAUGGUGCGCUGAGCGCAACAUCCCAACAGUCUACGAUGGGACGUUUUACCAUCCCGAAUACCCCAAACUCACAAAUGAAAACAUGUCGGAGUACGGUGGACAAAAAUGGCUGCAAUUGGCAUCCCCCAAGGGCGUAUCCUCAUCGAGCCCCCUACAACACGUGCCCCUGGGAUUUGACGUCUACGCGAAGUCGACAAGUCCGCUGCGCCGAUACACCGACCUCAUGGCCCAUUAUCAGAUCGAAGCCACGCUGCGUUUCGAACGAGAGCAUGGCCGACGGCUAGAUGCUAAUCGCGAUGGCGCGUUCUUGCCUUUCUCUCGGGAGCAUGUCGAUCAAUUCAUCUCGCAGUCCACGUGGAAACGUAGUCUGAUUAGAGGUGUUUCCAGUGGGUCCAGUCAAUUCUGGGCAUGCAUGUUGCUGUUCCGUGCUUUUUAUUUCGGGGAGUCGCCAGCUCCAUGA